AUGAGCGAGGCUGCCGACGCUGUCAUGAUCGAGGCUGCCGAGGCCGAUGCGCGAUGGGCGGCUGCGCGACGACCCCAGGACGACCCGCUGACGGACCGCCCCGUGGACGCGGCGGCGGCGGCAGAGCGAGAGAGAUCGGCGAAGGCGGCCAAGCUUGCUGCGCAGACCGCCAACGCGAUGGUCGCGGCGGGAGCGCCGGUGAAGGCGUCGUCUAUGAUGGUCGAACGAGUGUUCGCCGCCCGCCUCGACGGUCCGGACAAAUUCCUCGUGGCUCGACGAAAGGAGCGAAAGACGGCCGCCGGGGCUGGCACUGCCGUCGAGGUGGUGGCGGGUUUGGAGAAGAUGGCGAACACCGCCGUCAGGAUGGUGGGGAGAGACGGCGCCGAAGGCAUCACGGGUUGUGUCAAGUCGUGUUUGUCAAGUCGACGACGGUGGGGAGAUGGCUCGUGGGACAAUGGUGGCAAUGUGGCGUCGGUGGGCCACCUCUACGGGUUUGGAAACACCCUGGACAAGGCGUUGACGGCGGUCGUGGGGUGCAAGGAGCGUGGCCGUCAGGUGGACGGACCGCUCGACCACUCGACGGUGUGGGUCAAGAAAGCCAUAACGCGGCUGGUGCUCGUGGAGACUUUGGGUUGCAUUGCGCCGCCCACCAAGCAGUUCCUCCACGUGUUCGCCACAAAUACCAAACAACGCUAA